AGAUCUGACUCCAUUUUUGGUCUCUCCACAGUUCUUAUUUGCUACACUCACACCAAACAGGAAAUGCAGCCAAGGUCUCCUUUAUCCAUAGUUACAGCUCUUGUGGAUAAAAUCAAUUUGUGCCAGAAGAUUAUACAUCCAGACUGUGACAUCAAAUUCACAGGCAAUGUUUCUUGGGUUGGGAAGACCUCCAUGGAAGUGAAGAUGCACAUGCUUCAGCUCCAUGAUGGUGAUUACAGCCCUGUGUUAGAUGCAACCUUUGUCAUGGUGGCCCGGGACCCAGAGAAUAAACGGCCAGCAUUUGUUAAUCCACUCAUUCCUGAGAGUCCUGAGGAGGAAGAAAUCUUCAAGCAAGGGGAAUUGAACAAGUUGAAGAGGAUUGAUUUCAACACUGCUUCCUUACUGAAAAUGGCUCCUACUGCAGAAGAAAGAAACAUUGUGCAUGACAUAUUCCUUAAUACAUUGGACACAAGGACAGUGAGUUUCCAGAGUCGUAAAUUACCACCCAACUCAGUGUGGAUGGAAGAUGCAAAGCUAAAAGGCCUGCAGAUUUGCCAUCCUGAGGAACGGAACAUCUUCAAUAGGAUCUUUGGGGGUUUUCUCAUGAGAAAAGCAUUUGAACUGGGAUGGGCAAUUGCUUGCAGCUAUGGGGGUUCCAGACCCUUUAUCGUAUCUGUUGAUGAUAUCAUGUUUCAGAAGCCAGUUGAAGUUGGAUCCUUAUUACUGCUUUCUGGACAGGUCUGUUACACAGAAAAAAACUACAUCCAGAUUCGAGUACACACUGAAGUUUACAAUGCCAAUACCAGGGAGAACCAUACUACCAAUGUUUUCCAUUUUACAUUUGUAUCAGAAAAUGAGGUCCCACAAGUUGUACCUAAGACAUAUGGAGAGUCCAUGUUGUACUUAGAUGGGAAGAGACACUUUACUGCAGUCAUGAAAGAAAUCUGACAGGCACUGGGUGCUGCAUCAGCAGUGUAGCAGCAUGCUGUCUUGGCAAGAACUGUCACCAGAGAUGGCUGAUGGACAGAUGCUUGCAAUACUCAAAGAAAAACCCAGCAACCACCCAAAACAAAACUGAACAAAAAAAAAAAAUCAAA